AUGCGCAAAGUCAUUUUGCUGUUGGUCGUUAUCCAUACCCUCUCUUGGACUCGUACGAAUUCGCAUACCCUACAAAGCUCCCGGCAGACCUCUGUUCAUCGUCACCACAAGAUCAAGCACAGGCAGUUGGAGGAUGAGCUUGUUCAAGGAGCAGAAGAAAGCAUCGAGUUGUUCGAAUUCCCACGUGUCCAUGACACUUCCGAGCAAAUACACGAACACACUGCGCAGCAGAAUCUCACCGCCAACAGCAUCUUGACUACCGUCGAGGACAAGAACCGAGCACAUAGGGGAAUGCAAAGACUUCCAAUCGAGAAUGGCGAGGGCACGUUCAGCUAUAACAGAGAAAGGGAGGCGACUGGGCUGUACAGGCAAAGCGAUGGGAUGGGACAAAGCGAAGAAGCUGGAUAUGCGAUAGCGGACCGACAGAUUGCGAGCGGAGAUUAUCGGAUGAGAGGGUCCAAGUAA